CUUGUUUCCCUCCCCGGAAGCGCGUCUGUGUCAUGACGGACCCUGAAGUGACCAUCGGUGUGAGGGAAGGGAAACGGGAAACACAAAACACACACACACACACAAGCACACUGGUCACCACUCUUGCGUGCCUGUGGCUGGCUUGAAUGGAAUGCACUGCAGAGUUUGUGCGUGAGCUGGCCCAGAGUGCUUCCGACAUGAUCGGCCAGCAGAACGAGGCGUCCACCAAGCAGACCAACGCCAAGGUCAAGGUGUCGGCUGCCGACCUCGUGACGGAGACGGACGUGGCGGUGGAGAACCUCCUCAAACAGACCAUCCACAGCAGAUUCCCCACACACCAAUUUCUGUGUGGUCAGCCAGCGAUACGACGGAAGGAACACACAGCAGAUAAGAUGGUUAUGUGUGUGUGUGUGUCUGUGUGUGUGUCUGUGUCUGUGUCUGUGUGUGUUCAGAGGAGUCGUCGGAUGCGUCGGCAGAGCUCACUGACGCGCCGACGUGGAUCAUCGACCCGGUGGAUGGAACGACCAACUUCUACCAUGGAGUACCCUACUGCUGCGUCAGCAUCGCAUUCGCCAGACACAAAACAGGUGGGUGGAUGCGCUGCUGCACAGCCGCCAGCAGCCAGUCACUCCUUCUUUCGUUCAGUGCUGUUUGGGUGCGUCCAAGCGCCGUUGCUCAAGUGGGUCGACGUUCAAGCGCCAUGUCUGGUCCGUAUAUGUGUGUGCAUAUGUGUGUAUGUCGGUAGAGAGGCCUGGUGGGCCGAGAAGGGCGGCAAGGCCUGGCACAUGGACAACAGCGGCAAUGUCAAAUGCAUCUCGACAUCCACCACAACUGAUCUCAACAAGUGAGCAGCCACCAAGCAGCAGCCAGUUGACCCCCCUCGAGGCUCAUGCACGACGACAUAUAUGUCGUGUGUGUUGGGUUGUUUCUCUCUCCGCGUGCCGUGCAGGAGCCUGCUGUCGACGGGUUUCCUGGUAGCGACGGUGCAGCGCCUCAACAACCCCAACCUGAGUGUCGACGACCGCCAGAGGAUCGAGCACAAGAGGGACCUGGUCAUCCGGCAGCUACAGGCAUUCCUCCCCCAUGUCAGUCAGUCAGUCAGUGAGACACAUACAUAGUUAGUAUACACGAAGGAAGGCCUUGACCGGCAUCUGUGUGUGUCUGGCCUCCCCCCAUCCAUCAGGUUCACGAUGUGCGUCGGUUGGGUGCCUGUGCGCUGGACCUCUGCCACGUGGCCUGCGGGAGGAUGGACUGCUACUUCGAGUGCGGCCCAAAAGAGUGGGACUUGUCCGCUGGUGUGCUCAUAGUGUACGAGGCGGGGGGCGUGUGCAGCAACUAUGCGGGCGCCCCCCUGUCGGACAAGCUGGACGACUGUGAGAUAGUUGCGUGCGCGACGCCAGAGCUGCAUGACAAAGUGAUAGCGCUGCUGAAGCAAGUCGAAUGAGGGUGGAGACGCCUGUGUCUGACAAGUGCUUUGUGCUAUUGCCACUUUUGUAUUCGGCCUUCACCGCGCCGAUUGGUCGUGGACCACACACGGCGGCGGACAGAUGC